AUGACGUCCACCCCUUCUUUUCCAAACCUUAGCUCUGCCAUCUGUCAUAGAAAUACAAUAUCGCCUUUCGUCAGAGAAGACUACAAACCUCCACUGUUGAUUGCCAAUUCUGACGUUUUUGAACACACUGCAGAUGUGCCCGUCGAUGACAGACUACCAGUACACAAAAUAACUUUGAAGAACGGUUGUCCGAUUAUGUUGCUUCGGAAUUUUGACCCAGCUAAUGGACAUUGCAACAGAAGAGGAUACACUGUUACGGAACUUAACUCUCACGUCAUCGAAGCAGUGAUAGCAACUGGUCCUCACACUGACAAACUUUUGUGUAUACCUCGGAUACCUCUGAUGCCUUCAGAUAAUCAGUUUCCAUUUCAGUUACGACGCAGGCAGUUUCCUCUCAAAUCAGCCUUCCCCUUUACGGCCAACAAGUCUCAGGGCCAGACUUUGGAUCGCGUCGGUGUGUUUCUGCCCUCUCGUAUGUUCACACGCGGCCAGCUAAUUUGA